UCUGGCAGCUGCAUCGUGGACAUAAAUGUCAGCUGAAAUUCUGAAUGUAAGUAUUCUGGGAAGAUUUGUUUUCCAGAUGAGAAACAGCUCUUCUGUCCUGGUAACCAGGAGCUUGUAUGAUCUGUUUCAUUGAGAGGGACGAUCUUUCUGUCAUUCUGGAUCUUCAUGAACCUCUGUGGCCUAUCACCUUGAUCAAAAAGGGAAUAAAUAUAAAAAGUCUGCUUACACCUCUUACCUCUGUGGGACUGGUGGAGCAAUGGUUGUUUACCUGAUGCUGUUUGAGUGCCAUCUUCUGCCUCACCCGGGUAUGGCUGUUCUGAAACUCUGAAAAGAGAGCUCUUAUGCUAUGGGUGUCCAACCAGUUAGCUUGCCUGGGCCUCAUGGAGUGAAGGGGAGUUGUCUUGGGCUGCAUAUAAAAUAUGAGGAUUGCUCUGAAUGUAAUGCCUCCUGUCUUAUAUUUUGGUCCACAAAAUCAGAGGCAGGUGAUGUUAUGGUGGUAGAGGUUAAACCUUCCCAUCAGUAUCCCGUUACAUGUUGUUGCUGUGUGAUGGCAGCACAAGGGCAGUCUGACACAAUGGCGUCUGUUAUGGAAGUGCAUAUGGAGCAAAGGUGUGGAAUUGAAUGCCUGUACGUGGAGAAAAUGGUACCCACUGAUAUUCAUUGAUACUUGUUGAGCGUUUCAGGAGACCAGACAGUGGAUGUGAGCACAGUGAGGCAGUGGGUGGUGCAUUUCAGCAGUGGUGACAGUGACAUCAGCUGGCAUCACUGUGUGAUGCAGCUAAUGGAGGUGACUAUGUUGAAAAAUAGUGUUAUGUAGCUGAGGAUUUGCUCUAUUAAAUAGUGUCAUUGUGCUCUUUGUUGUAGUUUUCAUGGAAAUAAAUGGGAGGCAUUACUUUCAGUGCUUAUAUACUUAUGUAUAUAUAAGCAACAAAACUUUUAACUAUAUAUUUUUUAUAAGAACAUGGAAAAAAAAUGAGCGCCAGUGAGAUACGUGACCUUUUUUUGUGACACAGACACAGCAGUGGGGUUUGGUGGCAGGGGUUGCAGUUCUCAGUGAGUUCUGACUCAGGUGUCGGUCAGAGAUUUUGGAUGAAAUGAUUCCUGUGCUUCACCCUUGACAGCUGCUCAUGGUUGUGCUUACUGCCAGAAAGCGGUGACAGGGUAAGGCGUGACUGUGAAGGGAGGGGUAUUUCUCUCUGGUGAGGAGGGGUUAUGAAGGUGUGGUAGAGAGCCACAGUCAGAUUUGUGAGUUGAAUGUCUGACGUUCCAUUUGAGAAUUUGCAAGUGAUGUAUUUAUGUCGAAAAUAUACUCCCAAAUUAUCAAUUUUUGGAAGCCUUGAAACCCGUUCUUAAAUCCCUUCAUCCAGACGGGAAGCACGCCUGUUUGUCGCUGUUCGCAGGGCCGCGCUUAGCCAAUGUACCACACCGCACACACACCAUUACGUGAGCUAGCACGAGCCCGCCACUCUGUGAGCACGCUUCCGGCGCGGCGCCAUUGCACGCAGCCGCAUCGGCAGACACGUCAUCCCCGCCUCUUCCACUUCCACACGCUGAAGCCUCCCCGCCAUGUCUGGUAGGGGCGCCUUUUGUCUCCAUUCGCCCAUAGUUAACGUGGCUUCCCUGAAGCCGCGCCGCCACGUUUGUUAGUGUCAUGCAGGACGGCGCGCGGAAUGCCCUUAACCAAGAUGGCAGUAGAAGAGCGGGAGGCGGGUCGUGCGGGUGCCGCCAUCUUGUGUGAGGGCAGCCCCAUAGCGCUGAGCUGGCGUUGCUGGCCGCGCGGGGCCUGCCGGGAGAGAGCGGCGGCUGUGCGGGCGGGUGAGUGCUGCCGGGGCUCGGGUGCGGACCGCGAGCUGCCACUGACGGAAAGAGCGGGAACAUCGGCUGCGAGCUGCGGCACGGCGCCGUUCGCAGACUGGCCUGACGUCGCUGGAGCCUUUUGUCGGCCUUUCGUUCCGUGAGGAGGGCGGGCUGGUAUUUGCGGCGUGUCGGACUUCGGCUUCCCCUCUGCGCUCGGAGCUGCCGCGGCCCCAUGGCGACCUACCUGGAGUUCAUUCAGCAGAACGAGGAGCGCGACGGCGUGCGCUUCAGCUGGAACGUGUGGCCGUCCAGCAGGCUGGAGGCUACGCGGAUGGUCGUGCCUCUGGCCUGCCUGCUGACCCCGCUGCGGGAGCGCCCGGACCUGCCGCCCGUGCAGUACGAGCCCGUGCUCUGCAGCAGGGCCACCUGCAAGGCCGUGCUCAACCCGCUCUGCCAAGUUGACUAUCGGGCCAAGCUCUGGGCUUGCAAUUUCUGUUUUCAGAGAAAUCAGUUUCCUCCAGCAUACGCAGGCAUAUCUGAAGUCAACCAACCAGCUGAACUUAUGCCUCAGUUUUCAACAAUUGAAUAUAUAGUGCAGCGAGGCCCGCAGACGCCAUUGAUCUUCCUGUAUGUUGUCGACACGUGCUUGGAAGAGGAGGACUUGCAGGCCCUGAAGGAGUCCCUCCAGAUGUCCCUAAGUCUGCUGCCUGCUGACGCUCUAGUGGGGCUUAUCACAUUUGGCAGAAUGAUCCAGGUUCACGAGCUGAGCUGUGAAGGGAUUUCUAAGAGCUACGUGUUUAGAGGCACUAAAGACCUGACAGCUAAGCAAAUACAGGAUAUGCUUGGUCUUUCAAGGCCAGCUGUCCCCAUUCAACAGGGAAGGCCUCUUCAAGCUCCAGAACAGCCUGUUAUUUCAAGCAGGUUCCUGCAGCCAGUACAGAAGAUUGACAUGAAUUUAACAGAUCUCCUUGGAGAACUUCAAAGGGACCCGUGGCCAGUGACCCAGGGAAAGAGGCCUUUACGUUCCACUGGAGUAGCUCUUUCGAUUGCUGUUGGCUUGCUAGAGGGCACAUUUCCAAACACAGGAGCGAGAAUAAUGCUAUUUACAGGCGGUCCACCAACGCAAGGACCAGGCAUGGUGGUGGGAGAUGAAUUGAAAACACCCAUUCGUUCUUGGCAUGACAUAGAGAAGGACAACGCGAGGUUCAUGAAGAAGGCCACCAAGCACUAUGAGACUCUGGCCAAUCGCACUGCCACCAAUGGUCACUGCAUCGAUAUCUACGCCUGCGCCCUGGAUCAGACUGGACUGCUAGAGAUGAAAUGUUGUGCAAACCUCACUGGAGGACACAUGGUGAUGGGAGAUUCCUUCAACACUUCUCUCUUCAAGCAGACCUUCCAGCGGGUAUUCAACAAAGGGCUCAGUGGGGAAUUUCGGAUGGCUUUUGGUGCAAAUUUGGAAGUGAAGACAUCCAGGGAGCUGAAAAUUGCAGGUGCUAUUGGACCAUGUGUAUCCCUGAAUGUGAAAGGACCGUGUGUUUCUGAAAAUGAACUUGGAAUUGGAGGAACAUCUCAGUGGAAAAUUUGUGGUCUGGAUCCCUGCACAACUCUGGCCAUUUACUUUGAAGUGGUAAAUCAGCACAAUGCACCAAUACCUCAGGGAGGCCGAGGGGCAGUACAGUUUGUCACCCAGUAUCAACACUCCAGCACACAGAAACGCAUUCGUGUCACCACCAUAGCCAGAAACUGGGCAGAUGCACAAAGUCAGCUCCAGCACAUAGAAGCUGCAUUUGACCAGGAAGCAGCUGCUGUGCUGAUGGCACGGCUGGGAGUGUACAGAGCUGAGUCUGAGGAGGGACCUGAUGUGCUGCGAUGGCUGGACAGACAGCUGAUCAGACUGUGUCAGAAAUUUGGACAAUACAACAAAGAUGAUCCCAACUCCUUCAGAUUGUCGGAAUCAUUUUCUUUGUAUCCCCAGUUCAUGUUCCAUUUGCGACGCUCCCCAUUCCUGCAGGUCUUCAAUAACAGUCCAGAUGAAUCUUCUUAUUACCGUCACCACUUUGCUAGGCAGGAUCUCACUCAGUCUCUCAUUAUGAUUCAGCCCAUCCUUUAUGCUUAUUCUUUCCAUGGACCUCCUGAGCCAGUGCUUUUGGACAGCAGCAGCAUUCUUCCUGACAGAAUCCUACUGAUGGACACUUUCUUCCAGAUAGUUAUCUACCUUGGUGAGACUAUUGCACAGUGGCAGAAAGCUGGUUACCAAGACAUGCCUGAAUAUGAAAACUUCAAGCACCUACUGCAGGCUCCAUUGGAUGAUGCCCAGGAAAUCCUGCAGACCAGAUUCCCAAUGCCACGUUAUGUCCACACUGAACAUGGGGGCAGCCAGGCUCGAUUCCUGUUGUCUAAAGUGAACCCUUCUCAGACCCACAAUAACCUCUAUGCAUGGGGACAGGAAUCAGGAGCCCCAAUCCUGACGGAUGAUGUCAGUCUGCAGGUGUUCAUGGACCACCUCAAGAAGCUGGCGGUGUCCAGUGCAGCUUGACUUGAUUGAACCCAGCAGCACAAACGGCAGUGACAUACAUCAUGGUGACGAUGGAAGCAGAACGAUUUAUUUACACUUCCUUUUAGACUAAGGUUUUUAAGUAUUAAAUAAAUACGUGGGGAGAGCUUAGUACUUUGCCCUUCUAGAUAUUAAUUUAUUUGUACUCCUUUUUACCUCUAUUGUUUAUGCUAUUUUCUCAUACUGUAUCGGGAGCCAAAGUAUGUUUUAUCCGGUGUAGGUCUUUGCAGCCUUAGGUUAAUAUGUAAUGAUCUGUGGUCUGAAGUGGUGGCAUUAGGCAACCAGGGGCUGAAUUAAUGGAAAAUAAAACUGGAUAAGAAAAGCAUUAAUACUGAGUGCUGACCCCCAUUGAGCUGUAUGUGCGUUUUUGAAAACACACCACCAGGGGAGGUACCAACUACUACAAAUAAUGCCACUCGCUGCUCUCUAACACAUGGUUUCAGUCGCGGAUCUGAAGUUUCACGUGGAAACAAAGAGGGACGUGAAGAAAAUACAGUGCGGAACACUUCUGAAGCAGAGCAGCGGGGCUGGAGGUCGGCGUGCAGCACCGUGCCGGCGGGCACCUUCUGGUUCCCGAAGAUGAAAGUGAUGAUAAGGCGAACGAAGAGUACUCUAGAGAUGUGGUGAUUGCAAGUAAACCCAUGGGGUUAAACGUCACCACGGUAACGACGUACCACAAGGAAUUGCCUCCUCUCACGCGGCUGCUCCGGCGUAUGACAGAGUAUUUCACUUCCAGCAGUAGUCCUCCCCCCUCUGAGAACUGAGCCGUCAGGGACACGGAACGAGGGACGUUGUGCUGUGCAGGAGAUCCUGAGGAUGUGGUCCUGUCAUCUGGCACCAUGCUGUCGUCUGUCGGUCUGUCACAUUGUUGAAACAAAACAACAGAUCCCUGUCCGAAAUUCCUUUGUAAAACUCGCAGGCUUUCUUGCCUCUUCACAUCAAUGCUGUUCUUUGCACAUGUACUCAAAUUAUUAAAUGUAAACUAGGUUCUGUGGA